AUGACAUAUUUGCGGGAACAACAGAUCUUCAGCCCUGAUAUCUCGGAGACCGAAAUUACGGUAUAUUUUUUGGGGGAAAAAAUUAUCUCACUGUACACAAACACUGGACGGUCACCUAUAACCUCUGAUACAGUCUUUAACAUUAAAAGACAUAAUGUAACACCACAAUUGUCCACUGAUUAUUCGCGAAUCUUCUUUUACGUCGACACGUAUAUUAUUGCAAAUAAGUCACUUUCUAGAGAUAUUUUUGAGACAGCAUUUCUUAUGACCUUUCUCAUGAAUGCGUCUGAAUUACAGAUUACAGAAAAUCUUACAGUUCUAAUGCAACCAAAUCUUUUACCGCAGCUGCGCGAUUUAUCAGGAAAUUCGUGUCUUUUUACUGAAGAGAAAUCGGACAUGCAGACGGCGGCAAAUACAUUUCCGUUUUUCCCAACAAUGUUGAAUAACAAGCUGUGGAAUUACAAAAAGGAGUUUAUAUUUUCUUCACUAGUUCUCACCUGCGUGCAUGUUUCAUUUAACAAAUCCUAUUUUAACAUUUCUGUUAAUUGUAGUGUUUUCCCUCCAACAUGGCAAAUCAAAUUAAAGUUGCGUAAAAUAGAACUAACUUUUUCUGACUUGUCAGACACAAACAGACUGGCUGUAGAAGACAAUAAUCGAAACGGUGGAGGCCGCAUCUUUGUGUGCCAGGAUCUGCUGGAAGAGACAAUCCUAAAACUGAAGGACAUCUCAUAUAAUUCUCAUAAAAGCGAGAUCGAGCUAUGGCUUUACUAUCUGACUCAUAUCUGUAUAGGACUUUCACUGUUAACUCUGCUUAUGACACUGGUGGUGUAUUUGCUUUGUGUAUCCUUACGCAAUGAAGCAGGAAUUAAUAACAUGUUUUUGUCCGGAACUCUGUUUCUUGCUCAAGCUUCCCUGUUGGCAAGUUCCCAUGUUGAAGGUCCGAAUUCACUUUGCAUUAUCUUAGGAAUCAGUACGCAUUUCUUGUGGCUCAGUAUGAUCACGUGGAGCUUCAUCUGUUGCUUCCACAUGUUUCGGGUUUUUACCACCAAGACAGGAAUCUCCAAAUGCACGAGUACUUCUCAGAGAAAUAAACGCAUAAAGAAAGCCAUCAUUGGCGUCAUUGUGCCAGCUCUGAUAGUGGUGCUAGUUGUCAUUAGUACGUACUUCACAUCUGAAGGACAGAGAAUCGGGUACACAGACACCUAUCCUUGUUACCUAGACUCCAGAUUGUUAGCCAUAGUAUCCCUGGUAACGCCUCUUGGGGCGGUGACACUUGCCAACAUAUACUUCUUUGCUUCUACUGUUCAGCAAAUACAAAAAGUAAAGAAAUUGCAAGCUCACAGAGACUUUAACCAGAAUGAGAGUCAAACUUUCAUCAUUUACAUCAAGUUAUCGUCUCUGACUGGAGCCUUUUGGACCAUUGCUAUCGUCUCUGAAUACACUGACAAUGAGCCUCUAAGAUUCAUCGCCAUUAUUCUCAACGGGCUUCAGGGUGUAUUCCUGUUUCUUUCAUUCGUCUGCACAAAACGUGUGACCAAGCUUUUCUUUCAAAUUCUGCAGCAAGAAAACUGUAGUCCAAUUACAAAUAUUUCCAAAAGUACAAAGGAGUCCAAAGACAAAACAUUAGAAAAGUCGUCUACCGUGUGA